AUGCCUUCAAUGAAGACCGCCCUCGUCGCCUGCCUGGCCGCAGUGGCCGCUGCCGUCCCUAUGGGACCCAAGUUGAACGACAAGCAGAUGGAGCUCUACAGCCUGGCCAAGAGGCAACAGGCUCAGGCUAGCGCUGCCGGAUUGACCGACAUCGACAUCCUUCAAUUCGCCCUUACCUUGGAAUGGCUCGAGGGAACCUUCUACCAGCAAGGUUUCCAGAAGUUCCCCGCUCAGGACUUCCUGGCUCUAGGCCUGUCCCAGGAGCAAGUCAACGACCUGCAGCAAGUCGGUGCUACUGAGCUGUCGCACGUCUCUCUCCUGCAGUCAUCCAUUGCUCAGGCCGGCACCCAGCCCGUCCAGCCCUGCCAGUACAACUUUGGCUUUACCGACGCUAAGAGCAUGGUCGCCACUGCUGCCAUUCUCGAGAACGUCGGUGUCUCCGCCUACCUCGGAGCCGCCCCUCUUGUCAAGGACAAGGGCAUCCUCGGCACUGCUGGCUCCAUCCUCACCAUCGAGGCCCGCCACCAGACCUUCAUCCGCGCCGCCUCCAAGCAGAUCGCCAUUCCCCAAGCUUUCGAUGCCCCUCUCGGUAUCCGCGCCGUCUUCUCCCUGGCCGCUCCCUUCAUCACCUCCUGCCCUCAGGGAUCCAACUUGGCUCUGCAAGCCUUCCCCAAGUUGACCAUGACCUCUCCCGCCAGCGCCUCUGCGGUCGCCAUCGGUGCCCCGAUCAUGCUCCAGUCCGACGCUGCUGCCCAGGCCCAGGCAUGCGCCUUCACCACUGGUGGCGUCCUGCCCGGCGGAACCAUCUUCGCCCCCUUCAACCAACAGCAGGGUUGCGUCGUUCCCCAGGGUCUCAGCGGCAUCACCUACGUUUCCCUUACGAGCCAGUCCCCGAUGGCUGGCACGCUCACCGAUGAGAUCAUUGUGGCUGGCCCCAUGGUGCUUACUGUCUCGUAA